GCCCCGCCGGCCGGGCGCGCACCCGGGCCGCACCGCCCCGCGCCGCCGCGGGCGCACAUGGCAGCCUGAGAGGCCGGCGGCGGGCUGGGGCCGCGGGGCCACAGGGCCGCAUGGGCUGCCGCGCCACCCCGACCGGCCCCCGCUAGGGCCCCCGAGCCGCGGGCACCCCCGCCACCGCCACCGCCCGCCCCCGAUUAUGGUGCCUCGGCGGCCGCCCGCGCCGGGUGGCAGAGCCGGCCGGAGGCGCUGAGCCGGGGGCCCCAGCGGCGGCGGCCCGGAGCUGCAUGGGGGAGCGCGGGCCGCUCUUGGGAAGAUGCCCCGGCCCGAGCUGCCCUUGCCGGAGGGCUGGGAGGAGGCGCGCGACUUCGACGGCAAGGUCUACUACAUAGACCACACGAGCCGCACCACCAGCUGGAUCGACCCGCGGGACAGGUAUACCAAACCGCUCACCUUUGCCGACUGCAUCAGUGAUGAGCUGCCUCUGGGAUGGGAAGAGGCGUAUGACCCGCAGGUUGGAGAUUACUUCAUAGACCACAACACCAAAACCACUCAGAUUGAGGACCCCCGGGUGCAAUGGCGGCGGGAGCAGGAGCACAUGCUGAAGGACUACCUGGUGGUGGCCCAGGAGGCCCUGAGUGCCCAGAAGGAGAUCUACCAGGUGAAGCGGCAGCGCCUGGAGCUGGCACAGCAGGAGUACCAGCAGCUGCAUGCCGUCUGGGAGCACAAGCUGGGCUCCCAGGUCAGCUUGGUCUCUGGUUCGUCAUCCAGCUCUAAGUAUGACCCUGAGAUCCUGAAAGCUGAAAUUGCCACUGCAAAAUCCCGGGUCAACAAGCUGAAGAGGGAGAUGGUUCACCUCCAGCAGGAGUUGCAGUUCAAAGAGCAUGGCUUCCAGACCCUGCAGAAGAUCGACCAGAAAAUGUCUGACGCUCAGGGCAGCUACAAACUGGAUGAAGCUCAGGCUGUCUUGAGAGAAACGAAAGCCAUCAAAAAGGCCAUCACAUGUGGAGAAAAGGAAAAGCAAGAUCUCAUUAAGAGCCUCGCGAUGCUGAAGGACGGCUUCCGGACCGACCGAGGGUCCCACUCUGACCUGUGGUCCAGCAGCAGCUCUCUGGAGAGUUCGGGUUUCCCGCUGCCGAAACAGUACCUGGACAUGAGCUCCCAGACGGACAUCUCGGGGAGUUUCGGCACCAGCAGCCACAAUCAGUUGGCGGAGAAGGUCCGAUUGCGCCUUCGGUACGAAGAGGCUAAGAGGAGGAUCGCCAACCUGAAGAUCCAGCUGGCCAAGCUGGACAGCGAGGCCUGGCCCGGAGUGCUGGACUCGGAGAGGGACCGGCUGAUCCUGAUCAGCGAGAAGGAGGAGCUGCUGAAGGAGAUGCGCUUCAUCAGCCCCCGGAAGUGGACGCAGGGCGAGGUGGAGCAGCUGGAGAUGGCCCGCAAGCGGCUGGAGAAGGACCUGCAGGCAGCCCGGGACACCCAGAGCAAGGCCCUGACUGAGAGGUUAAAGUUGAACAGUAAGAGGAACCAGCUGGUGAGAGAACUGGAGGAAGCCACCCGGCAGGUGGCAGCUCUGUAUUCCCAGCUGAAAAGCCUCUCGAGCAGCAUGCAGUCCCUGUCCUCGGGCAGCAGCCCUGGCUCCCUCACGUCCAGCCGGGGCUCCCUGGCCGCCUCCAGCCUGGACUCCUCCGCCUCCGCCAGCUUCACCGACCUCUACUACGACCCCUUCGAGCAGCUGGACUCGGAACUGCAGAGCAAGGUGGAGUUCCUGCUCCUGGAGGGGGCCACGGGCUUCCGGCCCUCGGGCUACAUCACCACCAUCCACGAGGACGAGGUGGCCAAGACCCAGAGGGCCGAGGGGGGCGGCCGCCUGCAGGCCCUGCGCUCCCUGGCCGGCACCCCGAAGUCCAUGACUUCUCUGUCUCCACGGUCCUCCCUGUCCUCCCCGUCCCCGCCCUGCUCCCCGCUCAUCGAUGACCCCCUCCUGGCUGGAGACGCCUUUCUGAGCCCCCUGGAGUUUGAAGAUCCCGAGCUGAGUGCCACUCUCUGCGAACUGAGCCUUGGCAGUGGCAGCCGGGAGAGGUACCAGCUGGAGGGACCCGGAAUGGAGAGCAAGCAGUUGGGCCAAGCUGUGAAUCCGGCCCCGGGGUGUGGCCUCAAAGUGGCCUGCGUCUCUGCUGCCGUGUCAGAUGAAUCCGUGGCCGGGGACAGUGGCGUGUACGAGGCUUCCGUGCAGAGGCUCGGUGCGGUGGAAGCCCCUGCUUUCGACGGCGAGGAGCCAGAAGCCGCGGGAGCGACACGGGUUCAGGUUGCCCUGCAGUAUGACGAGAAGAGUAAGCAGUUUGCAAUAUUGAUCGUCCAGCUGAGUAACCUCUCUGCUCUGCUGCUGCAGCAGGACCGGAAAGUGAACAUCCGCGUGGCCGUCCUCCCCUGCUCCGAAAGCACCACCUGCCUGUUCCGGACGCGGCCCCUGGACGCCUCGGACGCCCUCGUGUUCAAUGAGGUGUUCUGGGUGUCCAUGUCCUACCCAGCCCUUCACCAGAAGACCUUAAGAGUGGACGUCUGUACCACUGACCAGAGCCAUCCCGAGGACUGCCUGGGAGGCGCCCAGAUCAGCCUGGCUGAGGUGUGCCGGUCUGGGGAGAGGUCGACUCGCUGGUACAACCUCCUGAGCUACAAAUACUUGAAGCAACAGAGCAGGGAGCCCAAGCCAGGGGCAGCCCGGGCCCCCACCCCCGGGCCUGAGAGCACGGACGCCGUGUCCGCUCUGCUGGAACAGACCGCGGUGGAGCUGGAGAAGAGGCAGACGGGAAGGAGCAGCACCCAGGACCUGGGAGACAGCUGGAGGUUCGAGGAGGAGACCAGUGACAACGAGACCGCAGGGGAGGAGGGAGAGGAGGAAGCUUUUGCCGAGAAAUCCUCACCAGACACAGAAGAGUGCCCCGCGGUGAAGGUGGACAAGGAGACCAACACAGAGACCCCUGCCCCGUCGCCCACGGUGGUGCGGCCCAAGGACCGGCGGGUGGGCACGCCCUCCCCAGCGCCCUUUCUCCGAGGAAGCACCAUCAUCCGCUCCAAGACCUUCUCCCCCGGACCCCAGAGCCAGUACGUGUGCCGGCUGAACCGGAGUGACAGCGACAGCUCCACGCUGUCCAAGAAGCCACCUUUCGUUCGCAACUCCAUGGAGCGGCGCAGCGUCCGCAUGAAGCGGCCUUCAUCUUUCAAAUCCCUGCGCCACGAGCGCCUGAUGCGCACCUCGCUGGACCUGGAGUUGGACCUGCAGGCCACGCGGACCUGGCACAGCCAGCUGACGCAGGAGAUCUCGGUGCUGAGGCAGCUCAAGGAGCAGCUGGAGCAGGCCAGGAGCCACGGGGAGAAGGACCUGCCCCCAGGGCUGCGUGAGGACGAGCGCUUCCGCCUGCUGCUGAGGAUGCUAGAGAAGCAGAUGGACCGCGCGGAGCGCAAAGGUGAGCUGCAGACGGACAAGAUGAUGAGGGCGGCCGCCAAGGACGUGCACAGGCUCCGAGGCCAGAGCUGCAAGGAGCCCCCAGAGGUGCAGUCUUUCAGGGAGAAGAUGGCCUUUUUCACGCGGCCACGGAUCAACAUCCCCACCCUCUCCGCCGACGACGUCUGAGCUCCAGCAAAGUAUUCCUUCGGCCGGGGACCUGCUGUGAGCAGAGCCUGGGCUGCCGUUAUUUAUGUGGUGUUAUAUGAAGGUUCUGCGUCCCGCCUUUUUUUUUUAGUUUGGGUUCUAUUAUUAAAAAAGAAAAAAAGAAAAGAAAACACACACACACACACAAAAAAAACAACCAGCAUUAAAAUGACAAGAUUGUAUAGUUUGUAUAUUUAGGAAUGUAUUUUUGAGAAAGAAAAUUUAAAUGAACUAAAAGCAGUGUCCAGUGGCUGCUCUUCUUAAAAUAAAACGGUUUAGAUUUUUCUUUUCUUUUUUUUGUACAGCUCUGCCUUCUAGAGGUUUCAUGCAAUAAGUCGGACACGUUUUGGGGACGGUCACCCUAAAAGGACGCCCUGCAGACACCACAGCACAGCGGACCUCUCCCGCCUAACCUAUUUUGUACAAUAUUUUAAAAUGCACAGCCCGCCUUUGGUGGGUCCUGGGGUGUCCGUGACCGUUCACGCGCUGUGACGUGUUUUGACGCGGCCACCUGAGGUGGAGCUGGCUGCAGGCCUGCCCACACCGUCUCAGAGGCCCGGUGAAGCCACUGACGUGAGUGAGGGAGGGCUUUUCAUGUGAUCUCCAUCAAUAAAGUGGCCUUUCUGAA